AUGCCCCCUGAAACCAAGAGUAAGCCCUAUGUGUUUGACCGAGUCCUGCCACCCAACACAGCCCAGGAGCAAGUCUACGAUGCCAAGCAGAUCGUCAAAGAUGUGCUGGGCGGGUACAAUGGAACAAUCUUUGCCUAUGGCCAGACCUCAACAGGAAAGACCCAGACCAUGGAGGGCAAGCUACAUGACUCCCAGCAGAUGGGUAUUAUCCCCCGUAUCAGCAGGGACAUCUUUGACCACAUCUACUCCAUGGACGAGAACCUGGAGUUCCACAUCAAGGUAACAGACACACCAUGGCCCCUCUGGAACCCUGUGUCAAAGACCAACCUGGCGGUGCAUGAGGACAAAAACAAGGUGCCCUAUGUUAAGGUCUGUACGGAACGCUUUGUGUCCAGUCCAGAAGAGGUUAUGGAUGUCAUCGAUGAGGGAAAGUCCAAUCGUCACGUGGCUGUUACAAACAUGAAUGAGCACAGUUCUCGCAGUCACAGCAUCUUCCUGAUCAACAUCAAGCAGGAGCACAGAGAGACAGAACAGAAGCUGUCAGGAAAACUUUACCUGGUGGAUCUGGCAGGUAUUGAGAAGUUACUCUACUACACAACCUUCUCUGGGAGCAUCAGAAACUGUUUCCACACAUCUCCCACCUUCUUCUCCUGUCCUAUGAACGCUAAGGUCUUCACUGACAGUGAGGCUGUUCCAGUGGAGGAGCAGCUGAGCAGUAAGGAGAAGAAAGACAGUAGUGGUGACACCACGGCCACACCCAUGAUCAACACCAUAGCCCCGCCCCAUGUCCCGCUAUUGGACGAGGAGAAGACCCGAUACGAGGGGCUCAUCACCGACAUAUACCAGCAGCUGGAUGACAAGGAUGAUGAGAUCAACCAACACAGCCAGUGGGCAGAGAAGUUCAAGGAGCAGAUGAUCGAUCAAGAUGAGGUCAGCUUAUCCAACCCUAUACAACAGAUCUACUUCAUCAGGGAGAACGAGGCGGCCAAGGAAGAGGUAAAGGAGGUUCUGCAGGCCCUGGAAGAACUGGCUGUUAACUACGACCACAAGAGCCAGGAGGGGGAGAACGAGAACCGCUCCAACAACCAGCUCAACCAGAAGACUACCACUCUGGCGCGGUUACAGAGGGAGCUGACCAGUCUACAGGAGCUCAGUAGUCAUCAUAAGAAGAGAGCAGUAGAGAUUCUCAGUCUACUGCUCCGAGACCUCAGUGAGAUAGGAGGCAUCAUCGGCACCAGUGACCUCAAGCUGGAGAGCUCCCUGGCCGACACCUCCCGCAGGAUGCAGGCCAAUGAGAAGGAGCUGGCCUCCUGUCAGUUACUCAUCGCCCAGAAGAAGAGACAGCUAGAGGAGACCCAGGGCUCCCUCGUGGAGGAGGUUCAGACUCUACACACACAGGCUGAGAAACGCAGAGAGACCCCCAAACACAAACAAGCCUGUCAUCAAUCAUUAUGUCACAUGAACAAAACAAACAAUGUCGCUUGCUUUGUCUCCACAGACAAAAUGAAGGAGGUGCAUGUGAUGGAUAAACAGAAGGAGCACCUGACCAAACUGCAGGAUGCAGUAGUGAUGAAGAAGACCCUAGAGGAACAGAUGGAGAACCAUAGAGAGGUCCAUCAGAAGCAGCUGUCCCGUCGGAGAGAUGAGAUCGACCACAAGCAGAGGGUCUUGGAGGAGCUCAAGGAGUAAGAGAGAUUUUAUUUCAUUUGCAGGUCUUUUUCAAGUCUCAUUUCAGGUAGUGAACACAGUCCCAGGAGAUAAUUACGCCAUGUACAGUAUAGCAUUGAUUUGUACUCUACUGUAUACAACCCAUCUGCUCUCCUCUAGUCUGAACCAGGGCCUUCAGCUGGAACAGAGGAAGCUGCAGUCAGACUAUGACAAACUGAAGGCUGAGGAGCAGCAGAAGGACGAGCAACUGCAGAAACUUGUGCAAGUCUAUUUAUUACAGUAUCUGCCACAGCUCUGUUUGGUUCUCCUCAGAAAUGGUCAUAGCAUAAUCAUAACAUGGUCAUAAACCCCUAGGGUUGAUUUCUGCAGCCCCACAGAAAUCUAAUUGGCAUAAGAAAAAAAUAUCCAUCAAAAUCCAUUUUAAACUGGGGAUUGGAUGUGUCUCAAUCCACC